AUGAGUAAUAAUAAUACCAAAAAGUCUAUAGCUGACUUAUUAAAGCCCAAAAAUAAGUAUGUAUAUCCAUGUCAUUGCGUUCUUUGUAAAGGCGCAGAAGUUGAUCCCCGUACACAAGAUAAACAUACAAGAGAUAAUAUUUUAUGGAGAUCAGAUGAUUAUGAUUCAAGAAGAAAUCAAAUGAAUGCUAUUGCAGGAAGAAAACAAAACAAACCUAAUAUUAUCCUCUCAGUUGAAAAAAACCUUGUAGGAGCCAGCUCAAUUAAGAAACGCAAAAGAGACGACAAUCAGCAAAUAUCACCCAUUGAAAACUCAGCCGAUUCGAGUAUCCCAAAUUCAUUUUUAAGUCCCAUUAUGUCGUCAAGUUUGGCUACACCAAAAAAUCCACAACCGGAUACUACUACAUUAGAUAACAUGGUAAAUGAUGCAUCAAAGCCCAAAACCUCAUAUUUUCAUGAUCCAGAAUCUAACAAUGAAAAUAAUAAUGAGUAUGAUAAUAAUAAUAUUUGGGAAAUGGAGUAUGAUGUCAAUGAUAUUUAUAACAUAAAUCAAGAGGAAGAAAGUUCACCUAAAAACAAUAGUGAUAAUGAUGAUGAGGAAUAUCAUAUUUAUAACAUAGAUCAGGAGGGAGAAGGUUUGUUUGCAUCUCCUAUAAUUGAUAGUGAUUAG